AUGGUACUCGUGGUCAAAUGGAGACCUACUUCUCUGACGCUGGCAGGUUGUCCUCCACUUCUAAGACAUCCGCUCACAGAUCGCGAAUACCACACGCUAGCUGACGGCGUCAUGGAAUAUCUGGAGCACACGUUAGAGGAGAUAGGGGAGGAAGCCAACAUCAAUGGGUUUGAUGUUGUGGUAGCGGCUGGGGUUCUGAAUCUGUCCCUGGGCGACAUGGGGACAUAUGUUAUUAACAAGCAACCACCAAAUAAACAGAUAUGGCUUUCUUCGCCAAUAAGUGGCCCGAAGCGGUUUGACUAUGUCCCAGGAACGAAACAUUGGACGUACUUACGGACGGGGGAACGACUUGCUGACUUACUAUCAGCAGAGCUGUCCGCGCAUCUCAAACAGGAGAUUAGGCUAUCGGAGGACAUAUAG